CGCGCUUCGGUUGCUCAACAACAUCAAAGCUGGAGAAUCUCACACGCAGUCAAAAUGACGGUUUCAGAAACGGUGUUCAGCCGUACAUUGUUCAAACCGGAGUUGGACACUGAUGGAGAGACUAGGAAGAAGUUACAACUUUUGGAAUGCAACUGGACGUUUCUGAACGAUGGUGUUGCCAUUGACAUGCAUUAUACGACUGACAGACCACAACGGUUGGAGGUAAAAAUCAUCAUCUGUGUUCUACUGAAGAAACAAAGUCACCUACAUCUUGAAUGCCCUGGGGGCCACAAGCAGGAAGAGUGCUUGAACAAUAACAUCCAGCUGCCUAUGAUCAAAGACAUGAUCAAUACUUCAGAACUCAUUGAGCAACCUUUAGAUAAGGACAAUAAACCAUUCCAUAGUAUAUUAAGAAACCUUAAAAAAAAUUGCUACAAGAAACUGAAUGUCGCUGACUUUAAACGUAUCCUGGAAAUCUAUGAUGAACAUGUGUUCCAAAAGAUGUGGAAGAAUGACACUCGUCAGUCGACAAAAAUGUUUAUGGAUUCUUUCAAAAGGCUGCAGGACGUAAUAGAGAACUGUGAACCUAAAGGCAAAAAAAUACUGUCAAUCUGCGCAAGAGAGAAUCUUAAAACAAUCGAGGACACUUUAAUGAUGGAUGAGCCAGGAGUUCGCAUUAAGGCAAUGAGAGAGUUUCGCAGUGUUUUGGUCUGGAUCACUUUAGCCAUGGAUAGAAGGAGAACACACGAGAAGAUUCAGUAGUUCUCCACACCGGCACAGAGGAACACGGGAUGUAGGAGGAGUCAAACACAUUUGUACACACACACACACACACUGAUCACCAUCCAGCUACACACCCUGCAGUGAAGGAACCAGGCUCAAUUAACACACACACACAAAACACAGUGGCUUGAGUCAUUAUAUACACUAUCAAUCCCUCUAUCAAUUAUCAACAGACUGCUUUCAAAGGAAAGUUGCUUGACUCCUACACCAGCCAUCAAGUCACAUCCUGUGAACACAUUCUCUGUUCACCGUUUAAUGAACAGGCCAAAUUGUAGUUGAAUCCAAUACAUCUCAGGGAAGCUAUGACUAUUUUUUUUCAUAGCGGAGAGACCAAAUUCUUACAUGCACUGAUUAGACAAGCCAAGCUUACGGAUAUUUUGCAUCAACAUUUCGGUAACUUGGCAUUAUGAACAAAAAUCUAUAUGCUUAUUAAUGUGAAAUGCAUUAUAGUUUAAACGAUACAGAAUGAUAUAGCCUAGAAUAAUUGAAGAUAUAUUUAUUUUUUUUGUCUGUUAAUUUUGAAAUCCAUAAUUUAUUUUUGUACGUUUUUUAUUUUCUUGUAUUUCAAGUAUUAUUUGAGUAGUUUGAAAUGUUACUGGGCAAUUGAAAGAUCUUAAAAAUAUGUAAUAUUUAUUUUAUUAAGUUAUGAUCAGACAAUAGGUGUAGGCCUUAUCAUUCUCUCAACUACCAACUCAAAUUCUCCUCCUAAAAAAGAAAAAAAGGUGUGAGAAUUCUGUAAGUGUUAGCCCUAUUUAAAUGAAUGUUAUUCAUUAAUGUACAUUGCUUGUCUGUGAUGUAAUAUUGUUUGUGAACCUUCAAAUUUAUUAAAGUUUAAAUCAGCCUGAGAGUUUCCCAUUAUCCUUGUCUUUUUUUUUCAUGACCAACGCUUUUCAAUAGCGCUCCGGGGUAGACUGUAAAUAAUAUAGCUGUCGGACGGGCGGUGUUCUGUUGCCUCUAAUUACUGUACUGCUAAAUGUGACUAAAUUUACAUGGACAGCUCAGUAUCAAAGCACUGCACAAGAGAACUGCACACUUGGCACAUAAAAAGAAUCAUGACUACUGACACAGUAAUAUUCGCCCAGUGACUUUAGACUUUUGACUGCACAAGUGGCUCCCUCUAGUGACUCAUAUUAAGGUAUUGCACUCUGCUGCAGUGGAAUAUUUGCCAACUUUGGUAAGCACAGUAGGCUAUGUGCACCCAAAGCAUUCAGCAAUAACAUUUUAGUUCAUUAAUAAUCAAAUUUUUAUAAUAAUCAAAAGUUUAUGAUAUAUUCCUAUACUUAAAAUAGGCAAUUGCACAUUAACCAAGCCUAUUUUGUCUGCAUUCAUGUUUAAAAUCCUUUUUAAAAAAAAAACCUUUAUAUGACUAACAUUUUCAGUUUUGAAACAAAUUAAACCGAUC